AUAUGUUCUUUCGCGGGUAAACUAAGGCGCAAAAUCCCGACCACCACCACCACCACCACCAUCAACAUCCAAUCCCUCCUUUCAAAUUUCGCUUCCAGAACUUGUUUUGCGCUUUACGCUUUGUCCUGUCCCUUCUCAAUCCAUGCCAUUGAAAUUACUAUGAACCUCUCUGCCAAUGAUCUCCGCCUCAAUUCUUUCCACGCCACCGCUUCCACCUCCACCUCCACUAUUCUCUUCAAGAAAACUUCUAUCCACUUCCUCCAAGUUCGCGUCUAUCGGAAACGUCGCCGUUUCAAACUUACUGUUAGAAGUAGCCUCAACUAUCCUUUCGAAAACCUCUUUCAUAGCUUGCCAAACCUCUUCGCCUCCACUAGCUCCCUCGAUUUGCUCGCUCCGGCUUUAGGCCUUUUCUCUGGACUCGCUAUUUAUGCCUCUCAGUCCACUUCUAAUAAACCGCCCCCACUAUCAUGUAUUGGAAAUUGGGUUUUGUUCACCAGUCCGACGCCGUUUAAUCGUUUUGUCAUUCUUCGGUGCCCUUCCAUAUCGUUAAAAGACAGUGAUUUCUUAGAGAAUGUAAAUGAGAAGCUCGUGAAGGAAGAUAGACAUUUUGUGAGAUUAAAUAGUGGGAGGAUUCAGGUGAGAAGUGGAGAUGAUGAGAGGGCGAGUGAAUUGGAGACGAAAUUGAAGUACCAAAGAGUUUGUAUAAAUACGGAGGAUGGUGGUGUCGUUUCGUUAGAUUGGCCUGCGAAUUUGGACCUGAUGGAGGAGCAUGGAUUGGACACCACUUUGUUGUUGGUGCCGGGAACCGCGGAGGGCAGCAUGGAGAAGAGUAUUCGGUCGUUUGUUUGUGAAACACUGGAGCACGGGUUCUUUCCGGUGGUUAUGAAUCCUAGAGGUUGUGGUGGUUCGCCUCUUACCACAGCUCGGUUAUUUACGGCUGCUGACAGCGAUGAUAUCUGCACUGCUAUACAGUUCAUCAACAAGGCAAGGCCAUGGACAACUUUGAUGGGUGUUGGCUGGGGAUAUGGUGCAAACAUGUUGACAAAAUACUUGGCAGAAGUUGGAGAAAGCACACCUCUUACAGCUGUAACGUGCAUAGACAAUCCUUUUGACUUAGAGGAGGUCACAAGGUCCUCUCCUCAUCACAUUGCCUUGGAUCAGAAGCUCACUAAUGGAUUGAUAGAUAUCCUGCGAUCUAACAAGGAAUUAUUUCAAGGCCGAGCAAAAGGUUUUGAUGUGGAAAAGGCUCUAUUGGCAAAAUCUGUUCGUGAUUUUGAACAAGCAAUAUCUAUGGUAUCUUAUGGUUUUGAGGCCAUUGAAGACUUCUAUUCGGAAUCUAGUACUCGAAGUAUGGCUGGAAAUGUGAAGAUUCCUGUUCUAUUUAUACAGAAUGAUAGUGGAACACUGCCACCGUUUUCCGUCCCACGCAGUUUGAUAGCUGAAAAUCCAUAUACUAGCCUUCUCUUGUGUUCUUGUCCUCCAUCUACUAUUAUUGCAAGUAAUAGAGCUGCUGAAUAUUGGUGCCAGCAUCUUACCAUCGAGUGGCUCACAGCCGUGGAGCUUGGACUAUUAAAGGGUCGUCAUCCGCUUCUGAAAGAUGUAGAUGUUACCAUCAACCCUUCAAAAGGCUUAGCUCUUGUGGAAGGUAGAGCAACUGAUAAGGAUGUUAAAGUUAACAAGCUCUUAGAUCUUAGUCAGACAAAUGCUUUGAACAGUUAUUCCAUUGACGGUAUAAAGGAAAUGCUGGAAAAAAGUAAUGAUAAUGAUAGCAUCCAUCAAAGAUACAGAAGAGAGCCACAAAGAAAUGUGGAGCUUGACAAAAAGGAAUUGCAAGAAAUGGACAAUGGUGCAUUGCAGGAGACUGGUCCUGUUGACGCAGAACUGGUCAAAGAGGAGGAAGGCAGUCCAGUAGAUAGCGAAAGGAGCCAAGUGUUACAGUCUACACAAGUGGUUAUGAAUAUGCUUGACGUAACUAUGCCUGGCACACUGACAGAAGAAGAGAAGAAAAAGGUCUUGACUGCUGUUGGUCAAGGAGAGACAAUUAUGAAAGCUCUGCAAGAUGCUGUGCCUGAAGAUGUGCGCGGAAAUCUUAUGGCUGCAGUAUCUGGGAUUUUGCAUGUUGAGGGCAGAAACUUAAAAUUAGAUGGACUUCUGGAUAUUGGUAAGAUACCUAACGUAAAGUCAAAGAUCCAAGAGAAAGUCAUAGGAAUAUCAAGUGCUGAAGGGUUGUAUAAAGAUCCUCAUAGAGCAGAUCAGGUGAAAAGGGUUGACAAUUUGGCGGAGGGCUCUGACAACGUACAACCUGGCAUGGCCAAGCCUGAUGGUGGAUUACCUUCAGAAAAUUUUCCGAAAUCUGAUGAUGUAGGUCUAUCUAAGUCAAUGAGUGGUCCUCAAUCUGAUAUUUCUAGUUCAGUCAGCAAGAACACUAACGAGUCUGGAAAUAAUCAUGAAAAUGAUGGGUUCACUAAAGAAAAGGCUGUUCCAUAUUCUAACAUUGGUGAUAAGGGAUCAGAGAUAAGUGCUAAUUCUAACAAUACUGGUCAGCCUGAAAAGGCUGUAGGUCCUGAGGAAUAUGAGUCCAAAGUGGAACAGGAAGGUGGAGUAUCCCAAGUAGAAACAAAACCUGAGAAUAGUACCCAGAAAGCCGGAGAUAAAGCCCUUGAUCCUUCCUCUGAUCAAAAUAAGAUGACAUCUGCCAAUGUUACAGAGGACACAGUUUCGCCUAUGGGAUCCUCUUCUGAAGCUCAAUCAAUUGAGAAGGAAGGAGAUGAUAAUCGGAAGAGAGAAAAUAAAACUUUGCAGCCUGCACCUGAUCUUAAUCCUUCUACCUUCAGUGUUUCUCAAGCACUAGAUGCACUGACAGGAAUGGAUGAUUCCACCCAAAUGGCUGUUAACAAUGUUUUCGGUGUAAUAGAAAAUAUGAUUACUCAGUUGGAAGAGGAAAAUGGUGAUGCAAAUGAUGUCAAGGAGAGAAAUGAGGUUAAGGAUGAGAAAAUUGAUCAUUUCUCUGAGAAACAAAGAAUUGGAAGUCAUGAAAGAUUGGAAAAAGAAGACUUUGGGAAUGAGCUGAGUUUACAGUCUCCUGCAUCAUCUGAUCCUUCUACAGAUAAUAGUUGUGAAAGUGGUAUGGACAUUCAUCAUGAUGCAAGAACUGAGAGAGUGGAGGGUGAACACAAUCAAAAUCCCAUUUUAUUUGAUAGCAAUGGUCCUAAUUAUUCUCAGGGAAAUAAGAUAGCUAAAAGUUUAGAUAUGGAGAAAAAGAGGGAAAUAGUUGGGAGCAAACUUUUGUCUGUAAAUUCAGAUGGACUAAAUUAUGGAAAUAACUUACCAUUAUACAACCCUGUGAAUCCUUAUGGGGAGUCAACACAAAAUGAACACUUAAGCAGAUAUCCUAUCUCAAAAAUGCCAAAUGCCAAAUCAUUGGAUCUGGAUACAACUACUGCUCUAUUGCUUGACUACUUUCCAGAAGAAGGUCAAUGGAAGCUCUGGGAACAAACUGGAAAUUUCGGAGAUUCUAUUCGUGAUUUUAGCACUUGUGAGGAUGAUGACAGAGAAGUGCAAGCCCACUCAUUUGCAGAGGUAGAUGAUGCAGAUAAAUUUAUUGAACCACCAUAUGUAAUAUUAGAUACAGAUAAACAACAAGAACCCGCUGGAGAAUAUAAAAUGAAGGAUCAUAUGAGUGAAAAUGUUGAAAGUAGCGAGGUUGCAUUGACAGAGUUGAUGCGCUUUGUGAAAAAUAUUAUGUUUAAUUCUUUGAAGGUCGAAGUUGAACGCAAGCUAAGUCCAUCUGAUAGGAAAGAAAUGGAAUCAAAUGUUGUUAGAGAUAUAGAAAAAGUGGCAAAUGCUGUCUCUUUGGCUGUUGGGAAUGACAGGGAACAUAUUUGGUAUUUGGAUGAUAAACACUACAGUAUGGACUGUACUUCCGAAAAAGUUGGCGCACUUCAAGGUGAAAAUAUUAUUAGAGCCAUUUCCUCUGCUGUCCAGGGCACAAGUUAUCUGAGAAAAGUGCUUCCAGUUGGUGUUAUUGGAGGCUCUAGUUUAGCUGCUUUGCGAAAAUAUUUCAAUGUGUCUACUGAGAAUGAUAAUGGUCAAAAAGAACUGAUGGUCUAUGAUCUAAACAAGAAAUCUGGGGGGAGAAAACACGAUAAGGUCGGGGUAACAAAGAUUAGUCAGAUGCCUUUUGACAAAAACACUAGUUCAAAUGUUUCAGUGAACAGAGAAGUGGUAGGGGAUAAAUUGAAAAACUUAAACAAUGGAGGUGUCAUGGCUGGUGCUGUUACAGCUGCCCUGGGAGCAUCUGCAUUACUUGUAAAGCAAUCGGAUUCGUAUGAAAACAAAAUUGGUGAAAAUAUGUCCAAGCCCUUAAAUGAGAAAGAAAAUCAUCAGAAAGAACCCGCGAAGCUGGAGGAGGCAAUGUCUGAAAGAAACCAGAAUAGCAUAGUCACAAGCCUUGCUGAGAAAGCCAUGUCAGUUGCUGGUCCAGUAGUACCAACAAAGGGAGGUGGUGAAGUGGAUCAAGACAGGUUGGUCACAAUGUUGGCCGAUUUAGGACAAAAGGGUGGCAUGUUGAAGCUAGUUGGCAAAAUUGCUUUGCUUUGGGGUGGUCUACGUGGUGCAAUGAGUCUGACUGACAAGCUUAUCUUGUUUCUGCGUAUAGCUGAUCGCCCAUUGUUCCAAAGGAUUCUUGGUUUUGUCGGCAUGGUGCUUGUUCUAUGGUCACCUGUUGUUGUUCCGCUGCUGCCAACUCUUGUGCAGAGUUGGGCAACAAAUAAUCCCUCCAGAAUUGCAGAGCUUGCUUGCAUCAUUGGGCUCUAUACUGCUGUUAUGAUACUGGUCGUGAUAUGGGGCAGAAGAAUACAUGGAUAUGAAAAUCCACUGGAGCGGUAUGGGCUUGAUAUGACUUCGUUAUCCAAGGGCCAAAAUUUUUUGAAGGGGUUUAUUGCAGGUGUCAUGCUUGUGCUAUUACUACAGUCAGUGAAGGCUUUACUCGGUUGUGCAAAUUUCUCUUGGCCAUCAAGUAUUCCAUCACCUUUAAAUGCUGUGACGUGGCUCAGAGUGUGUGGGAAAUCCUUUAUGCUGGCAUGUCGAGGUAUCAUAACAGCAACUGCCGUACUGCUAGUUGAAGAAUUGCUUUUCAGGUCAUGGUUGCCUGAAGAAAUUGCCACAGAUCUUGGUUAUCAUCGUGGAAUUAUGAUCUCGGGACUUGCAUUUUCUCUAUUUCAGAGGUCUCCACAGGCAAUUCCAGGACUAUGGCUAUUAUCUUUGGCUCUGGCAGGUCUUCGUCAAAGAAGUCAAGGCAGCCUUUCUGUUCCAAUUGGUUUGCGUGCUGGGAUUAUGGCCUCUAGUUUGGUUUUACAAACUGGUGGCUUCCUAACCUACAAUCCGCAUUUCCCUGUUUGGGUAACUGGAACUUAUCCAUUCCAACCGUUCAGUGGAGUAUUUGGUCUUGUAUUCUGUUUAUUAUUGGCAGUUACUAUGUAUCCGAGACAGCCUCUGGGAAAGGAAGAAAUUGAAAAUGGCCAUUAGGGAGUGAACAAAAUUAUCUGACUGUCAAUGGUUGAGUUACAUCAUGAAGAAUGUCUGAGACCUUUAAGAUUAUGGAUGCUUGGCGACUUCCAUCAAUUUUCACUUGUGAUGUCGGGGUUGAAAGAAUAUUACUGGAAAUCUGUGAGAAGGAUAAAAGGAAAAUAGAGAGUAAAAUGGUAAAUGUUAGGAAUUGCCUUGUUUAUAAUGGCAAAAUCUCUAUAGCAGAGGGCACUGUUUGCACAUAUGAGUGGUAAAGAUACUGAUCACAGUGUACAGUUGUUGAACCUAGAAAAUAAAUUACCAAAUACGAAGGCGAGUUUUGUACGUAGGAAAGAAAUAUUUAUUUUCAAGUUUCAACCUUUUACAUGUUUGCGUCAAAGUGUACAGGGAUUUUGCGUUCACAUUUGUUGAUUUGCCUUUACCUUACAAUGUCAUAAAGAAUACUGUGAUUUUCUACACUAUGGUUGCGAAAUGUAAACUUUGCAAUUCUGAAAAUCAUAUAGCAAUUU